AUGGAGCUUUCUCAAAACAAAGGUACUAGAUUAUUUGAAGCAGAAUAUGCUUCUCAUGAACUAGCUAUUGCUGCACAAAGAAGGGACAGAAAUACUUUACAUUUUAUUAUACAGCAGCUAAUAGAAACAGGAAAUACAAGCAUUCUGAAUGAUUCAAAUACUUUACAUUGGACCGUAUAUUAUCAAUGGGAUGACGUUACUAUACACUUGCUGAGCUUAGGUUGUGACCCUUUUAGAGCAGAUAUAAAUGGUGAUACAACUUUACACUAUUGUGUGAGGUCUGGAAAUUUUUCAAUGUUAAAGUAUUUUUAUGAGAAAUACAGUUCAAGAAUAUUCUCAGUUAAGAAUAGGAACAAUUUUGGUUUAAUGUUAACAGCAGCUUCGGAAAGUGUUGAAAAUAAGGUUCAGGACUUACUUAGAAUUAUGGAGUGGCUCUUUUUACAGGGUUAUACACUUGAGGAGCAAGAUAUUCUUGGACAGACACCAUUAUUUUGGGCUAUUAAAAGAGGGAACUGCAGUUUAGUACAAUGGCUAGUAAGUCACGGAGCAAAUUUAGGACACAAAGAUCACAGGGGUAAUACUAUUUUGCAUGCUGCAUGUGUCAGUGAAAGUGAAGAUACAGUUCAAUUUCUGUGUGAUUUAGGGGCUAUUCAUUUAUUACAAUGUAAAAACUAUGAUAGUUCUAUGGUUGGAAAUACUGCAUUUCAAUUAUGUUGGAUCAAACGUAAUUAUUGGUUGGCAGUUUCCUUAUACUUCUGGUACUAUCAUAACAAGCUUUUUGGAACAACAACACUAAUAAGAAGCCCUUAUGCGGUCUAUUACUGGUUUAUUGCACUUUUUAAUUUGGCCGUUGUACUUAUUAUGAGAAAUACUAUAAGUAAAUAUCAAGAGUAUAUGGCUGGGAUAAGUAUGGAUCAUUAUUAUAUUUGGUUUGGUGCUUUUGUAGUUACACAAUUGUGUUGGUUUUUAGCAAAUCUCGGUCAUUCAAACUAUGUAAAAUAUCCACUAUAUCCCAAGAGUAUAUCGAAAUUAUCUCAUGACAAAAUAAAAAAGUUGGAAAGUAUAGCUUUGUACAUACCUAUAAUUAGUAAUUCAAAAGUGAAUAAAUCAUCGAGUGUAUUUCAGCUAAUGUUAAAAGAAGAGGAACAAGUUAAAAUUAAUAACGAUUUAAUUGAGUUAAAUCGUCAAAUAUUUAGUGGAGAGUCUAUUGGUUUAGAUAUUUACAAAAAUACCUAUAAUGGGUAUAUUCAAAAACUUAUAGAUAUAUCUAAUGAGAUAACUUCUUUAAUGUCACUAGUGGCUAAGGAAAGACAAAGUGUUCAUAAGAAAUUAUAUGUAGAUAUUGUUGAUGGUAAUCAAAUUAUCAGUUCUGCACCAGUGUUACCUAAAAUAUGUGUAACAUGUCGUACUGAAAGACCAUUUAGAGCGCAUCACUGUUCUGAAUGUGGUUAUUGUAUUCAGAGAUUUGAUCAUCAUUGUGUAUGGAUUGAUACUUGUGUUGGACUUGGCAAUCAAAGAUCAUUUGUUCUCUUUCUAAUGUUUUUAUUAUUCACAUUUUCAUGGUAUUACUAUUUGCUUCAACAAUACUGCUCAUUAAGGUUUUUAUUUGCUACUACAAUAAAUAAAGUUACAAAUACGCCAUCUAAUAUAAACAGCUGGUUUUCGCUGCAAGGAAAUGACUUAUUUACAAGUAAUAAUGACUUUGGGAUUGGUGUUUUUGAUGGAUUGUAUUACUUCAUGGUAUCAGAUCUCUGGUUCUCAGUAAUUAUGCUGAAUAGCAUUACAAAUAUUCCAUGGAUGGGAUUUGUGAUUUAUCUAUUCGUUAGACAUUUAAAAUCAAUGAUAACAAAUGUCACUUUUUAUGAAUAUUUAAAGAAACCAGAUAUAAUUAAACAAAGAUAUAAUGGUUAUGAUAUUGAUGGUUUUUGCUUUGAAUUACAAGAUAGAAAUCUCUUUACUGGAAUUAGGAGUAUAUUUGCAUAUUGUAUUAAAAGUAAUGCAUGGGACUAUAAUGACUUCUUUUCGAAUAAGCAACACAAUACUACAGUACCCCCUGUUUCAAGUUUACUGGAUAGUAGCUUUCCUUAUCAUAAUAUUGCAUCGAAUGCACAAAGUUCAUAUCGAGCUGACGAUAUGAUAAGUUCAAGCUUAACUACAUCUAGAAUUCCUAUUCAGGUAAAUUCAAUGCAACAUAAUUAUUCAAAUGUAAAUUCUGCAAAUUACUAUCAAUUCAAUUCAUACACCCAUAGAUAA